CCUUGUCAGAAGCCCGUUGGUUACCUGCCGGUUAGAAGGCGUACGGCGACAGUGUCUGUAUUAGAAAAAUUAAAACCAGCUCUAUUUAUUUGUAAUAAAACAAUAGAAACAUGGGAACUCGGGAUGACGAAUACGAUUAUCUGUUUAAAGUGGUGCUGAUUGGUGACUCCGGAGUUGGGAAGAGUAACCUGCUCUCUCGAUUCACACGCAACGAGUUCAACUUGGAAAGCAAGAGCACCAUUGGAGUCGAGUUUGCCACUCGUAGCAUCCAGGUGGACGGCAAGACGAUAAAGGCUCAGAUCUGGGACACGGCAGGACAAGAACGCUAUAGGGCCAUCACCUCCGCGUACUAUCGGGGUGCUGUGGGUGCAUUAUUAGUGUAUGACAUCGCCAAACACCUCACGUACGAGAAUGUGGAGCGCUGGCUGAAGGAACUGCGGGACCAUGCUGACAACAACAUUGUCAUAAUGCUAGUGGGAAACAAGAGUGACCUGCGACAUUUAAGGGCCGUGCCCACUGAUGAAGCCCGUGCCUUUGCAGAAAAGAACAAUUUGUCAUUUAUUGAAACAUCAGCCCUGGACUCCACUAAUGUAGAAGAGGCAUUUAAAAAUAUAUUGACAGAAAUAUAUCGUAUUGUAUCACAGAAACAGAUAGCUGAUCGGUCAGCGCACGACGAAUCUCCUGGCAACAAUGUGGUAGACAUCAGUGUGCCGCCCACCACGGACGGGCAGAGAGCCAACAAACUGCAGUGCUGUCAGAAUCUGUGACCUCCGAAUCCUUUCCUUCCCUCCUCCAGGAUCCUUCCUACCCAGUGCUCUCCGCUUUUGAUCUUGUGUGUUGUGCGUGCUGCUGUCCGGUAUACCCUGUGAUUUCUAUGCUCUUCCUUCCUUCCUUCCUUUUUUUUUUCCAAAGCUACAAGUCUAAUUCUGACAUUCCCUGUAUAAUUUAUCCUACUCCUUCUAUUCAAUCCAGCCUUUUUUUUUCCCCUCUCAUUAUUGAUUUUUUUGACAAUUUCCUCUUUCAACGAGACAAGUUCUUCAGGGCUGGAAAAAUUCUGCACUGAUCAUGUGAUCCACACCUGGAAAAGGAUGCUGGUGAGAGAUCAGUUGUUGGAACGGCUAAGUAACCUGGCUAGCUACCCCAGUCCAAGCAACAUUCUGAAGGGCUGCUGGUCAGAUCAGGACAGCCCUUGGGUUUGCACACUGUGUGAAAUAUGGUUGUCUGUGCUAAUAAAUAAAACAAAAGGAAGAUGGCUAAUUGAUCCUGACUAUGUUAGCAUGCUGCUUGAUGAUUGCAAAAGCAGCAGUGUGAAACUGAGCAGGUCCACAGUGAAGGAAUCAGCAAUCAUUACCAAAAAGGAAAAAAACUUUUGCAUUAGCUUGAGGCUCACACUUUUUUUUUGUUCUUGUUUUUUAAGGUCCAGCAUCUCUUUGUAAUCUAUUAUGGACUGACCUUUCCCCUCCGCUAUUUAAAUAUAUUCGGAAUAGAAUGCUACCAAAUCGUGCAUAUGUUAGACAGUUUAAAACUUGAGGAAAUAUUAAAAAAAAAAGUGGCUUAGACUGAUUGAAGGAUUGCAAACUGAGCACCCCCCAAAUCCCCCAGACAUCACAUAAGGCGUCACAUAGCACUCGCCAUUAUUUGUACUCUGUAGAUGUCCUUUUCCCUACCUGUGCUUGACUGGAUAUCAGACAAAGUCUUCCAGAACUUGUAUGGUGUUGCACUGAAUGGUAAACUAGAUUUUUUUUUCCCUCCUCUUUUUAAUGUGAGGAGGGAAUUUAUGGUGGGAGGUGUGGGGGGGGACGGGGUGUGGGCGUUAAACACUAAACUGUGUGUGAUGUACCCACGCAGUGAUAAGGCAAAAUCUUCACACCCUGCAAUGCUUGUCCAGUUGAGGUCUGAAGACUGCACCGCCUAAGUAAUGCAUUCUGGUUAAUAUAUAUAUAUAUAUCUCCAUACAUACAUACACAUGCAUAUUAUAUAUAUAUAUAUAUAUAUAUAUAAAUCGUAUGAUGGGAUCAUCUAACCUUGGUCACCUUUGCACGUGACUCCUCAUUUUUUUUUUUUUUCCUUGUAAAAUAAUGCGGUAUAUCCUUAGCCAUUAUUUCAAAUAUUAGCGCGCAACGCCUGUCACGGUAACGCGUAUAACGCAGCUUGCGUACGGCUCUUGGUAGUGUUCUUGACAGAAAUGCAUACACUUCCUUUUUUUUUUUUUUUCCUGUGAGGGUCUGUCUGCUUUGGUGCCUGAAGGGAACAAAUCGGGCUGCUCCUCCUCUUCCUCCUCCUCGUCUGUCCUGUCUUGUUUUUGGCUGUACAGCCCAAGGACAUGCAACUUAGUGGCCUUUAGAUGACCACUUGUGUCCUGGAAUCGUAGACCUUCCAGCUAGGCACUUGGUCCACUCGAAAUCCAAAUGAAGUCUGUGAGAUCUGACAGGUCAGGACAUCCUGUUAAUGAAUUUGUUUCUCCACAUCCCAAAGGUUAGCACCUGGUCUAAUGCAUUUCUGGGAAGCUUUAUUAGAAUAAAGAAGAAAAAAAAAAAACGUACUUGGUUCAGCUGAAUGUCAUUGUCAUUUUUUUUUUUUUUUAGGAAACUUAACUUCCCCCUUUCCUUCUUCCUGCUUGUCUCCACUUUGAGAAUUGCCUUUGAAACAGUACAGGUUGUACUUACCAUUCAUGCGGUCGACUUAAGAACACUUUGAAUUUAUUGAAUUUUGACAGUUAGCUCCCAGGAGCAAAGCUUUAC